UGAUUUUCAUUGAAAAUGGAUAGUCCAAAUGACGUAUUCGAAGAUGAGGAAUAUUUGGAUUUAAACUUGGACCAAGACGAAGACCAGACGAACCACAGCGACGGUACUUUCGAAAGCGAUUCUACGGAUGCAAAAGAAGGAUCCUCCAAGUCUAUCUCUGACUACGUGUUUGUGUUCACGGGAGUAUUCUUCCGACGCUUGUACCGUGGCCAGCUACGACCAAGGGAGUUUGGUAGGCAAACUGUUGAAGGAGAUUCGGUUCCAGAAGUUUUGGAAUUUGUCUGGAAUGCGGCGAAAGCUCAAACUCAACGGCAAGUUGUGUUCGAUGACGAGGUGCCAAGAUGGGCCGAGAAACAAGAACCUGACCUGGAAGAUAUUGAGCUGUUUUUAACACUGUACGACGAGACCAAGAAGAAAACAUACGCGCCUUCGGCUUUGACCCCCCGUGUGCUUGCUACUUGGAGAGAUAAGAGCAUCAAGAUUUUUGCUUAUGUGUAUUCUACUACAGUUGAAACGGCUGCUCAGUAUCAGCUUGUUCUACGUCAGUUGCUUGAACCAACAUCGAAGGACCGUGCUGGAGCACAUUCCAUGCGUGAUGAUGCUGCACUUGCUCAAGCUCUCCGAGACACACAUCAGCAUCUUGAAGGUCACCAAAGCUCGUGGCUUCUCUGGGCAAAUCUGAUUCACUCCUCGCCUGCACAUACGCAUGAAAAGCUGAAAGCAGAAGAAGCACCUCCACUCCAGCUUUCGAAGUAUUUUCGAUGGACUGCGGUUUCUGAGCCAGUGAAAUUACAAUCAGCUCACAGAGGUUUGGCUGUUGCUCACACUGUUAACGAUAGUUGGAUGCGUGAACUUAUGGAGCUGAAGAGUGAUUUGGACCGCGCAUUUGAUCUUAUUCAAAGUGUUCGGCAGAGAGUGAACCUAAUGGCAGCCCGUGGGACAACGAGCACACAGAUAUUUGCAGCGAUGGAAGAUGCUGUUCGUCCCGAAGAAUCUGAGCUAAGUCGAGAACUAGCCGAAAAAGUGACUGAUUGCCAGGAUGUGGACCACGCAUAAAUUGUUUUGUUGAGAUAAUUAUCACAAGUAAGACGCAUAAUACUGUGAAUUUUAACACUUAUGUGGCCGGCAGGGUACCCG